AUGUUGACUAACUUUGAGACCAAAUCGGCCCGUGUGAAAGGGUUGUCGUUCCACCCAAAACGCCCAUGGAUCUUGGCCAGUUUGCAUAGCGGCGUCAUUCAGCUGUGGGACUAUCGCAUAAGUACACUGAUUGAGAAGUUCGAUGAACACGAUGGUCCGGUACGUGGCAUCGCGUUCCACAAUCAGCAACCCUUGUUCGUCUCUGGUGGGGACGAUUUUAAGAUUAAGGUUUGGAACUACAAACAGCGUCGGUGCAUCUUUACGUUGCUGGGACAUUUAGAUUAUGUUCGUACUACCGUAUUUCACCACGAGUAUCCGUGGAUCUUGAGCGCAUCAGAUGAUCAAACCAUUCGUAUCUGGAACUGGCAGUCACGGUCGUGCAUUUGUGUCCUGACCGGGCACAACCAUUACGUUAUGUGCGCCCAGUUCCAUCCGAGCGAUGAGGACAUCAUUGUGUCGGCAUCGUUGGAUCAAACCGUGCGCAUCUGGGAUAUUUCUGGAUUGCGCAAGAAGAAUGUUGCUCCAGGACCGACUGGUUUGGAUGACCAUUUGAAGAACCCGGGCGCAACGGACCUUUUCGGGCAAGCGGAUGCCGUGGUAAAGCAUGUGCUGGAAGGGCACGAUCGAGGUGUAAACUGGGCUAGUUUCCAUCCCUCGCUGCCAUUGAUCGUGUCCGGUGCGGAUGACCGGCAGGUGAAGUUAUGGCGCAUGAACGAAUACAAGGCGUGGGAAGUGGAUACGUGCCGUGGCCAUUAUUACAAUGUGUCCUGUGUGCUGUUCCAUCCACGAGCGGAUCUAAUCAUUUCCAACAGUGAAGAUCGCAGCAUCCGUGUUUGGGACAUGACCAAGCGUCAAUGCAUUCAUACGUUCCGUCGUGAGAACGAACGCUUCUGGAUACUGGCAGCGCAUCCGAAUCUGAACUUAUUCGCAGCCGGUCACGAUUCCGGUACGAUAGUAUUCAAGCUUGAACGCGAGCGUCCGGCGUACGCAGUGUACGGAAACUGUUUAUACUAUGUGAAGGAACGCUUUCUACGUGAACUCGAUUUCAACACGAACACCGAUUCGGUUGUGAUGACUAUACGCGGCGGAGGAAAAACGCCCGUCUACAGCAUGUCGUACAAUCCGGCGCUCAAUGCCGUGCUACUGUGCACCCGAACCUCCAACCUGGAAAACAGCACAUACGAUUUGUACAGCAUACCGCAAAAAGACAGCGGAUCGCAGAACAAAGAAACCGACAGCAAACGCUCCUCGGGAGUAACAGCCGUCUGGGUCGCACGGAAUCGAUUCGCAGUGCUGGAUCGCGCCAAUCAGUUGGUGAUAAAAAAUUUCAAAAAUGAAGUAACUAAAAAGAUACAGACACCAGUUUGCGACGAAAUAUUCUACGCUGGUACGGGCAUGUUGUUGUUGCGCGAACCCGAACAUGUAACACUAUUCGAUGUACAGCAGCUUCGCUCUCUAGCUCAGGUAAAGAUUGCCAAGUGCAAGUACGUCGUCUGGUCGACUGAUAUGAACAAUGUGGCGCUGCUGGCUAAACAUACGUUGAACAUCUGCAAUCGACGAUUGGAUUUGCUUUGCUCCAUUCAUGAAAGUGCGAGAAUAAAGUCCGGAGCGUGGGACGAAUCGGGAGUGUUCAUUUACACCACCUCGAAUCACAUCAAGUACGCAAUCAAUAACGGUGAUCAUGGCAUCAUUCGGACGCUCGAUCUUCCGAUUUACAUUACGCGCGUAAAGAACAGUCAAGUGUUCUGUCUUGAUCGAGAGUGUCGAACGCGUUUGCUUACGAUCGACACGACCGAGUACAAGUUUAAGAUGGCACUAAUCGACCGGAAAUACGAGGAGGUGCUCCACAUGGUCCGUAAUGCACGACUCGUGGGACAAAGCAUUAUUGCGUACUUGCAACAAAAAGGAUAUCCCGAAGUGGCGCUGCAUUUCGUGAAGGACGAAAAAACACGCUUCGGGCUCGCGCUGGAAUGUGGUAACAUUGAGAUAGCUUUGGAGGCGGCCAAAGCCAUGGACGAUAAGCAGUGCUGGGAGCGUUUGGCCCAGAGCGCUCUAAUGCAAGGCAAUCACCAGGUGGUGGAAAUGUGCUACCAACGCACGAAGAACUUUGAUAAGCUGUCUUUCCUUUACUUGAUCACGGGAAAUCUGGAGAAAUUGAAGAAGAUGAAUAAGAUUGCCGAAAUACGCAAGGAUGUCUCGGCCCAGUAUCAGGGCGCAUUGCUGCUUGGAGACGUUGCAGAGCGCGUAUCGAUACUGAAAAACUGUAAGCAAACAUCGCUUGCUUAUCUGACAGCGAAGACUCAUGGCCUGGAGGAAGACGCAGCGCAGAUGGCAGAAGAGUUUGCUGUCGAGGGAAAAGAUUUGCCGGUGGUGUUGCAAGAUGCCAAAUUCCUACGGCCCCCUGUACCAAUUCAACAGGCCGAAAGUAAUUGGCCACUGUUGACUGUUUCGAAGGGAUUUUUCGAAGGAACUAUGAUGUCGCGUGGUGCAACCACUGUUCACCAAGCACUAGCGCCGACGGAAAUGGUAGCCGAGGCCGCUGAAGAGGAAGAUGGAUGGGGUGUGGAUGAUGACUUGCAUGACGCCGACCGGUAUGAAGAUGCAAAGGACGAUGACGAUGCUAAACCGGGCGAGGGUGGAGAAGGUGCCGGUUGGGAUGUGGGUGACGAUGAUCUGGAGCUCCCGGAGGAGCUGAUAUCUAAAAUUUCUGCAUCAAACGCGGCCGGCAACAAAGGUUUUUUCGCGGCUCCACCAAAAGGGCAUCUUCCUUCGCACUUUUGGACUAUGAACUCACAGCUAGCUGCUGAUCAUGUGCGUGCAGGUUCGUACGAUUCGGCCUGUCGCUUACUGAAUGAUCAGGUUGGAGUCGUAAACUUCGCACCGUACAAAGAUCUAUUCAUGGAAUCGUACGUAGCAUCGAAAACGUCCUACAGCAGUUUACCACACGUUACUUCGUUUCCGGCACACCCCAAUCGAAACUGGAAGGAGCUGAAUCCUAAAAAUGGUCACCCUACGCUUGCCUUCAAGCUAAACGAUCUUGUUCAAAACCUGCAAGCUUGCUACCAGCUAACGACGACCGGCAAGUUUGUGGAAGCAAUCGAAAAGCUGCAGAACAUCAUACUCUGCAUUCCGCUGCUGGUUGUGGAAACGCGACAGGAAAUCGCCGAAGCCCAACAGCUGCUCACAAUUUGCCGCGAAUACGUAGUGGGGCUCCAGAUGGAGACAGUGCGGAAAACACUUCCAAAAAAUACACUCGACGAGCAAAAGCGUAUUUGCGAGCUGGCCGCAUACUUUACACACGUGAACUUGCAGCCCGUGCAUCAAAUUCUUACUCUGCGUACCGCUUUGAAUUUGUUCUUCAAGCUAAAGAACUACAAAACAGCUGCUUCGUUUGCACGACGAUUGCUAGAGCUAGGUCCGCGGCCUGAAGUGGCACAGCAGGCACGAAAAAUAUUGCAAGCUUGUGAGAUGAAUGAAACAGACGAGCACGCAUUGCACUACGAUGAACACAAUCCGUUCACGCUGUGUGCGGUUACGUAUAAACCGAUCUAUCGCGGAAAACCGGAGGAAAAGUGCUCACUAUGCUCUGCCUCGUAUCAACCAGCGUAUAAAGGCGUAACGUGUGCCGUCUGUAAAGUGGCCGAAGUGGGCAAGGAUGUAAUAGGUUUACGCAUUAGUGCAUCGCAGUUUAAGUAA